UAACCUAUAAAAAUGCCUUAAGAAAGAACCAUGGAGAAGUAUGUUAGACUACAGAAGAUUGGAGAAGGCUCAUUUGGAAAAGCUGUUCUUGUUAAAUCCACAGAGGACAGCAGGCAUUAUGUUAUCAAGGAAAUUAACAUCUCAAGGAUGUCCGGUAAAGAGCGGCAAGAAUCAAGGAGAGAAGUUGCGGUGUUGGCAAACAUGAAGCAUCCAAACAUUGUCCAGUAUAAAGAGUCAUUCGAAGAAAAUGGCUCUCUCUACAUAGUAAUGGAUUACUGUGAAGGAGGAGAUCUGUUUAAACGAAUAAAUGCUCAGAAAGGCGCUUUGUUUCAAGAAGAUCAGAUUUUGGACUGGUUUGUACAGAUCUGUUUGGCUUUGAAGCAUGUACAUGAUAGAAAAAUUCUUCACCGAGAUAUAAAGUCACAGAACAUAUUUCUAACCAAAGAUGGGACAGUGCAGCUUGGAGACUUUGGAAUUGCUCGAGUUCUUAAUAGUACUGUAGAGCUGGCUCGAACUUGCAUAGGGACUCCAUACUACCUGUCUCCUGAAAUCUGUGAAAACAAGCCUUAUAAUAAUAAAAGUGACAUCUGGGCUUUGGGCUGUGUCCUUUAUGAGUUGUGUACACUUAAACACGCAUUUGAAGCUGGAAACAUGAAAAACCUGGUACUGAAGAUAAUAUCUGGAUCCUUUCCUCCUGUGUCUCUGCAUUAUUCCUAUGAUCUCCGCAGUUUGCUUUCUCAGCUAUUUAAAAGGAAUCCUAGGGAUAGACCAUCAGUAAACUCCAUAUUGGAGAAAGGUUUUAUAGCUAAACGGAUCGAGAAGUUUCUCUCACCUGAGCUUAUUGCAGAAGAAUUUUGUCUAAAAACAUUUUCAAAGUUUGGACCACAGCCUAUACCAGGUAAAAGACCAGCAUCAGGGCACAGCUCCAUUUCUCUUGUCCCUGCUCAGAAAAUCACAAAGCCUGCUGCUAAAUACGGAGUGCCUUUAACACAUAAGAAGUAUGGAGAUAAAAAGUUACUUGAGAGAAAAUCACCCCCCAAACAUAAACAGGCCCAUCAAAUUCCAGUGAAGAAAAUGAAUUCUGGAGAAGAAAGAAGGAAGAUGUUUGAGGAAGCCGCAAAAAAAAGAAGGUUGGAGUUUAUUGAGAAAGAGAAGAAGCACAGGGAUCAGAUUAGUUUCAUGAAGGCCGAGCAGGUGAAGAGGCAAGAGAAGCAGCGGUUGGAGAGAAUAAAUAGGGCCAGGGAACAAGGAUGGAGGAAUGUUUUAAGGGCUGGUGGAAGCGGUGAAGUAAAGACUCCCUUUUUUGGCAGUGGAGGGGCUGUCUCUCCAUCUCCUUGCUCUUCUCGAGGGCAGUACGAACAUUACCACGCCAUUUUCGAUCAAAUGCAGCGACUAAGAGCAGAAGAUAACGAAGCGAGAUGGAGAGGAGGCAUCUAUGGUCGGCGGCUUCCAGAAAGGCAAAAAGGACAGCUCGCUGUAGAGAGAGCUAAGCAAGUGGAAGAAUUCCUCCAGCGGAAACGAGAAGCUAUGCAGAAUAAAGCCCGAGCUGAAGGACAUGUGGGAAUCCUGCAAAACCUGGCAUCUCUGUAUGGAGGCAGGCCCAGCUCUUCAAGAGGAGGGAAGCCAAGGAACAAUGAGGAAGAGGUUUAUCUGGCAAGACUGAGGCAAAUAAGACUACAGAAUUUCAAUGAGCGCCAACAGAUUAAAGCCAGACUUCGUGGUGAGAAUAAAGAAGCUAAUGGUACCAAAGGACAAGAACCAACAGAAGAAGCUGACUUGAAGCUCAGAAAGAUGGAGUCACUUAAGGCCCAAACAAAUGCACGAGCUGCUGUACUGAAAGAGCAGCUGGAGCGGAAAAGAAAGGAAGCCUAUGAGAGGGAAAAGAGAGUGUGGGAAGAGCAUUUGGUCGUGAGGGUAAGGAGCUCAGAUGUUUCUCUACCUUUGGAGCAUCAAGAAACAGGAGGUUCUCCAUCAAAGCAGCAGAUGCAACCUGUUAUUUCUGUGACUUCAGCUUUGAAAGAAGUAGGCCUGGACGGAAGUUUAACUGAUACCCAAGAAACUUCAGAAGAAAUGCAAAAGAGCAACAGUGCUAUUUCAAGUAAGCGAGAAAUACUGCGUAGGCUAAAUGAAAAUCUUAAAGCUCAAGAAGAUGAAAAGGAAAAGCAUCCUCACUCUGAUUCUUGUGAGAUCGCUGGUCAUAAAGAUGCCAAAGAGUAUGAGAAAGAAAAUGCUAUUUCCUCUGAUCGUAAGAAGUGGGAGGUUGGAGGCCAGCUUGUGAUUCCUCUGGAUGAAGUGACACUGGAUUCAUCCUUCUCUGCAGGUGAGAAACAUUCUGUGGGAGAGGUGAUUAAGUUAGAUUCUAAUGGCUCUCCAAGAAAAGUCUGGGGGAAAAGCCCUACGGAUUCUGUGCUGAAGAUACUAGGAGAAGCAGAGCUCCAGCUCCAGACAGAACUACUAGAAAACACAGCCUUUGAAAGUGAGAUUCAUCCUGAAGGGGAAAACUACAAAUCCUUACUCACUGGAGAAGAGAAACCAGAAUGUAUUUCAAAAGAAAUAAACCCGUCAGCUACUGUUGAUUCUGUUGAAACAAAAAGCCCAAAGUUUAGUGAGAUGCCUCCACCAGUGUUGGAUGGAAAUGUGGAAGAUCCUGAUGAUUUGGAAACGGAAGUUCUACAAGAGCCAAGUAGCACAACCCCAGAUGGGAGUUUGUCCCGUGUGGUUAAUGACGUGUGGAUUAGUGAGAAAGAAGCAGCUAAGGAGACUGAAUUGGAAGAUAACGUUGCCAUGCAGCAGAGUGAAGUUUGUGAAGAUAGAAUUAGGGGAAACGUGGACCAGUCUUGUGAGGAUCAUAUAGAACCUGCAGUAGAUGAUUCUCGGCAGUCUGGAUGUGAUGUAGAGAAGUCAGUACAACCAGAACCGUUUUUCCAGAAAGUGGUUCAAUCUGAGCACAUGAGCUCAGUUCAGUCAAUUCAUUGUUCACCAGAAGAAUCAACUUCCCUUCGAUCUCGCUCUGAUUCACCGCCAAAAACUAGAACCAAGAAUUCCUUACUGAUUGGGCUUUCGACGGGUCUGUUUGAUGCAAACAACCCAAAGAUGCUGAGGACAUGUUCACUUCCAGAUCUGUCCAAGCUGUUCAGAACCCUGAUGGAUGUUCCCACUGUAGGAGACGUUCAUCAAGACAGUCUUGAAAUAGAUGAGCUUGAAGAUGAGCGCAGUAAAGAAGGGCCCUCUGAUUCUGAGGACACCGUGUUUGGAGAAACUGACACAGAUUUACAAGAGCUUCAGGCCUCAAUGGAGCAGCUACUUAGAGAGCAGCCUGGCGAUGAAUACAGUGAGGAGGAGGAGUCGGUCUUAAAAAGCAGCGAGGUGGAGCAGGCGGCAAGGGGGACAGAUGCCGCGGACGAGGACGACAACCCCAGCAGUGAAAGCGCCCUCAAUGAGGAGUGGCACUCAGAUAAUAGUGAUGCUGAGACCACUAGUGAAUGUGAAUAUGACAGUCUCUUUAACCAUUUGGAGGAACUAAGACUUCACCUGGAGCAAGAAAUGGGCUUUGAAAAGUUCUUUGAGGUUUAUGAGAAAGUAAAGGCUAUUCAUGAGGAUGAAGAUGAAAAUAUUGAAAUUUGUUCAACAAUAGUUGAGAAUAUUUUGGGCAAUGAGCAUCAGCAUCUCUACGCCAAGAUUCUGCAUUUAGUCAUGGCAGAUGGAGCCUAUCAGGAAGACAAUGAUGAAUAAUCCUCAGGACAUUAUUUAUAUUCAACUAUAUGAAAACAUUUGAACUUGACUCAUAAUACAA